AUGCCUCUUUUUAAGAACCUGCGCAGUCGCUCCCGUUCUAGUUUCCGAAGCACAUCGCGAUCAACAGAAAAGUCCAGCGGAACAUCCAACGGGACCCAGUCCAAUGGCGAUGUGACCUCCGGAAAGUCCUCCUCGACCACGGACUCGGCGUCGUAUAGUUCUGUCACGCCGCCGUCGUCCAUUAAGCCUAAUAUGUCCACCCAUAAUCUACCGUCGCUCAAUGGCUCCAAUGGCAGCUCGAACGGCACGAGCUCUCCCCUCACUGUGCCCCAGCAGCGCCCACCUCCCUCGGGGUCUCCGUCCCAGCGGAAUAGCUACUUUGGUGGUAGCUCCCUAUCCGUCAACGGUGCCGCCCGGUCGUCGCCGGGGCCGUCGUCGCCCUAUGGACCCAGGAUUCUCUCAAUAACAGACAAUGCGUGGGUUAACCAAAAGAUCCUGUUAAUAUAUGGCCAAAUCGGGGACCCAAGGCAACAUCCGCUGGACGGUAGUAUAGUGGUUAACCAUCACCAAGAUAGCUUUCCCCAGGUCUCCUGGCCCGUCAAUUCGUCCCAUUUCAAAGCCCUCGUGCAUCUUGUUCCGGGUCCGAAUCGUCUCCGUCUUGACUUUGUCUCAACCAAGUCAUCGUCUGGCAACCUCCAUCAUGCUACUCAUUCCUCUUGGAUCAACAUCAACUACCUCCCGUUGACUAACUCGCCGCCGCUACACCUCGUGAUACUGCUCGGAAAGGAUUCAAAAGGGACGUUUGAUGCCGUGCCGGAAAAGGCGAAUCGCGAGGGUAAUGAUAUAGAAACUGCGAUCAAGAAGUACCGAAUGGCUGCAUACCUUUGGCAGGCAUUCACCGGUGAACAGAUGUUCCGCAACAAUCUUGGACGACGGUGCUUCCGUUUUGAGGAGGAAUGGCAGCCGGGCACCGUCAGUAAUCGAGAUGCAGCGAGUGGGCAAAUGCGAAACGAGGCGAAAAUUCAUAUUGUUCGGACCGAAAAGACUGUCGCAGAGCUCCGGGACCUGCAGCUUGCCCAGCAAUAUGGCCCGGCUACGAGGAAGGAUGAGCUUUUCCGCAUCGCCCAAGAGGCCGUGAAGAAACAUUUCCACCUAAAGCCGGGCCAGAAACAGUACGUCUCCGUCUUACUCCUAGACUCCCAUUGGGAUACAGAGUCGCAAACCAUUACCGGGCAUGCCGCCUUGGGCUCGAGCAAUGGCGACCUGAAAAUGGCAAUGUUCGGGUCUCACUGUCUUCAGAGUUAUCCGUCCUGUCUAGAGGAGGUGGUUGAUGCAUUCUCCGACUGCACCCGAACAAACACAGAUUACGUCGCCAACGAUUGCGGGCAGGCUGGUUCUAGCUGGGAAUCUGCAAAUAUUGGUAUCGGCGCCCAUCUUCACGAAGUCGGCCACCUUUUCGGCUGCCCUCAUCAGGAAUCGGGCGUCAUGCUCAGAGACUACGUCCGCCUUAACCGCUCCUUCGUGACUCGAGAGCCAUUCUCGACCCGAACAAAGACACAGGGCCUGCAUCCAUGCCUGCCACAGGACGAAUGCACAUGGCAUCGUCUGGAUACUUUGCGCUUCCGGUUCCACCCUUGCUUCCGUCUUCCUAAUGAUGCUCCUAUGAGCUCAGACGACAGCGUUCAAGUCUGGCCUGUGGAAAACGGCAGGAUCCUGCUGACUGCGACCACUGGGAUUGCGUUUAUUGAACUGUACGGUGAAGGCGACCAGGUGUGCCAUCAUUUCCUUGAGUAUCUCAACACAGAAUCGACCAGCAAUGGGCUUCCGAAACAAGUCACAGUGACUGAGAGUGAGCUGCGGCAACGAGUGUUCGGUACCGACAAAGAAAAGAAGAAACAGGUCAAAAUCUCUAUAUUUUCCGGUACUCUCGGUUCGUUUACCGUCGAGUCCAUCAGCAGCUUGAAGUCCAAAAACUCCCAGGUGAAGCUGCCCAAGGGCGUCGGUUAUCGAGGAUGUAAACUGGGGAUCUCUCAAUUAGCCGAAAGCCAACCGGAGCAGCUUCUCCUGGACUGUGCUUUCCAAUAUAAGAAACUCCUAACUUCCAUUAGAGUCUAUCAUAAUGGCAAGCUGCAUGGGAUGGAAUUCUUGUAUGAGGAUGCGACGAGCCAAUUGUUUGGGAACCGGGACGGAAUGUCCGACGAUUUUGUGCUAGACACGCGACGCGGAGAAAUACUCCUAGGCUUUUAUGUCCGAGCAGGACACUGGAUCGACGGUAUUGAGAUAUUGACCAGCUUAGGCAGAAAAUCUGGGCUCUUUGGCAAUGCCAGCGGAGGCUCAGGGUACAACUUAAUUCCUCCCUUGGGCUAUAAGAUUGCCGGUCUUACAGGAAGCUGCGGAGCUUGGAUCGAUGGUCUCUCCCUCAUAAUCAUGCACUGA